GUUUCUUUUUGAAUUGAAAAUAUGAUGCUUUUGUGGCAUUUGUCGCUGUCUGCGUCGUCACGCAGUUGCCUUUUCAUUUCUUUUGACUGUCUCAUCUUUUUAUCAAUUGUUUAUACACUAAUCUAUGUCUACAGUUGGUCUUGGUCCACUCUCUUUAAUCAUUCAUUCAUUCUCGUCUUCCUCUUUUCUCUGUCUCUUUUCUUCUCUUCCUCUUCACAUCCUUCUUUUUUUUUUUUAAAGAAUUUAUGCGUUGGUUGAAUAAUUAUUAAUAUGGAAUCGGACUCAAGCUCAGCAACAGCAAUGGUUGAUCAUCAGCAGCACUCAUCAUCGCCGGCAGCAUCAAGUCUCGUUCCUAAAACAGAGCCUGGCGGUUUCAUUGGAAAACAUCGGAUGGCAGCUGCAGUUUCUCAUCUCCAAAAUCAAAUCAGUCUCCUCCAGGAGGAGCUGGACCAACUUGAGACGUUAGGGGAAUCCUCCAUUGUAUGCAAAGAACUGAUUUCAAGUGUCGAAUCCAUUCCGGAUCCCCUGCUUCCACUGACCCACAGACGUAAGCUGGGAGAGGUGGUUCCGAGGAGCACACAACUCUCGUAAACGCUGGAUUUAGCAACCUCCAAAUGCAACAACCAUCUUUCCUGUUUUCAUAUGGAACUACGGUUCGUGAAUGGAUAUAUCAACUACAGCCACUUCUUUUAUCAUUCUGUCAUGUAGUGGUUUUUUUUUUUUUUUUCUUUAAGUCCCAUUUUUCAAUGAAUAACAAUAAAGAUCCAAUUCAAGGUA